AUGGAUAGCGCCAAGGACGGUCCCGUCCUCAAACACUUGGACGAUGCCGACACCGGUGCUGAUACUUAUGCCACGAUCAUGGCAACACAUAAACCUGACCCGAGAGGACCCGGAUACAUCAAGCUGUAUCUCCUUGCGACAGUGUUGUUCUUCUGUUCAACCAUGAAUGGAUAUGAUAGCGCUCUCCUAGGGUCUAUCAACGCGUUACCCAACUACACAGAAUACUUUGGGCUCCCUGUGAAAGGUAACGCGAGUACUGGUAUCGUGUUCGCCAUCUUUCAGGUCGGCCAAAUGUGUGGCGCGCUUUUCAUCUGGAUGGCAGAUUGGUACGGUCGAACCUGGCACAUCUUUUUCGGCUGCUUGGGUGUUUGCAUCGGGGCAAUCAUAACGGCACUCUCGACGAGCCUGCCCAUGUUUAUCGGCGGGCGCUUCAUCUUGUCCUUCUUUGCUACUUGUGCUCACACCUCUGCGCCCCUCUACCUGGUUGAGCUCGCACCUGCUCGGUAUCGUGGCACUGUGGCAGGUCUUUACAACACCUUUUACAACGUGGGCUCGAUUCUGGCAACCUCGGCAGUGUAUGCAUGCCACCGCUAUCUCAGCGAUCGAGGAGAUCUGGACUGGAGAAUACCGCUAUGGCUUCAAAUGGUGUGCCCUGGACUUGUUUGCGUCUUGAUCAAGUUCUUCCCGGAAUCUCCUCGAUGGCUCGUCGCCAAAGACCGACAUGAUGAGGCCAGAAAUAUCAUAGCAACCUAUCAUACCAACGGAGACCCUGAGCACCCUCUCGUGGACCUUCAGAUGAAGGAAAUGAUCAACUCGAUCGAUCCGACCCACGUGCCUUCGUGGAAGGAUCUCUUCGAUUUGAGGGUUCUCGUCGAGAGUCGGUCUAGCAGGUACAGACUUAUGCUCAAUGUCGCAUUCUCUUGGUUUGGACAAUUCAGCGGCAACAAUAUCAUCUCAUACUACCUCCCCAUCAUGCUCUCAGGCGUUGGCAUCACCGAUACGAACACAAAGUUGAUACUCAACAUCAUAUACUCCGUCAUUGGCUGGGUCUUCUCAACUGCAGGCUCUCGUCUCCACGACGUUGUCGGCCGCCGCAAGAUGCUCAUCUCCACCACCGCGGGCAUGACUGUUUGUCUCGCGCUUGUCGCCGGCUGCUCGGCGGGCUACACAGACUAUGGCAAUAAGACGGCGUCCACAGUCAGCGUUGUCUUCAUUUUUGUCUUUGGUGCCAUCUUCGCCACGGGGUUCACGCCGAUGCAGCCGAUCUACCCGGCUGAGGUCGUCAGCAAUAAGAUGCGCGCCAAGGCAAUGGGGACAUUCAAGCUGACGGCUGGCGCGGCGGGCUUCCUCAAUACGUUUGUUGGGCCAAUUGCUCUCUCGAAUAUUGGCUAUUGGUUUUAUGUCUUCUUUGUGGCCUGGGACAGUUUCGAAAUGCUGUUCAUGUAUUUCUUCUUCGUCGAGACAAAGGGGUUCACACUAGAGGAGCUCGAUGAAGUAUUCGAGGCAGAGAACCCUCGUAAGGCUUCGGUAAAGGCAAAAAAGAGACAGCAGGAGAUCAUGAGGGCCGGUUCAGUCACUGAAUGA